AUAAAAUUAAGCAAUCGUCGUCGUCACUUUAACUCACACUGCCGGAGUCAAAAUUUUUUUUUGAAAUUCAAAACAGCGAAAAACGCGAUUCUGAUAUCGGAGAUGGCGGAGAAGAAGAGAUGGAUAGCGAUGUAUACGAAACACAUCAAGGAGAAGCGUAAGGUCUAUCACGACGGCUUCCUUGAUUUGCAUUUCACCAGACGCAAGGUGAUGCUUUAUGAUGAGGCGGAUAAUCUACUUGAAAGCAGGAUGCUAAAGGCAGGGGAAGUUGUGGACACAGGUGAAACACUCACGUUUCAAGCAUACCUUGUGGAUAUAGGCGAUCGUAAGGAUGGAAGUAAGGCUUCAAUUGAUAUAAAGGUUGAACCAAGUGAUCAAGGCUCUGCGCGCAAAUCAUUUGCAGUGCUCAGGCCAAAUUUCAAGAAAAGUUCCCUUCAUGGUGAUGAGAAAAAACCUAACCUUGUGAAUAAAUUUUCUUCGAAAAGUCUCAGCCCAUCUCACAAUAUGAUUAGAGUAUUCAAAAAGAGAGAACUGCAUAAGUAUGGGGCACUGACUGCAGACACUAUGAAGUCAACAACAAAAGGCACUGUACCUCUUCGCUCAGCUGAUAAAGAAAACAGUAGCCACCCCUUGAUCAACUCUCCUUGUGAUGGUAAGAUAUUGGAAAUUUACUUACCACAUCUUUUUUUCUUACAUAAUUGUGGAAGGUCCGCUGUAGAUUCAAGGUUGGAGAAUGAUAAGUUAAGCAAAGACAAGCCUUUACGUGAUGUUAAUCAGAUUCUCUCCAUUCUUCAGAGACGGAAUGUUACAGAGACAUGUUCGGAUAAUAACCCGCAAACAUCAGUGCUUUUAACACCUCCAGAAUCUGAUACCCGCCAAAGCCACAAGAUGGAGUCUGUUUCAACGAAAGCAGCAUCUAGGGAAGAAGUAAUGGUGCAAGAAACCUCAUCGGCCAGCACAAGAGGUUGCUUACUGAGUGAUCCUCCGAGUUUUGACUUCGGAAUAUAAACAGACCCCUCAAGAUAUCAUUUUACAUAAAUAGGUAACUCGUUUUUUGUUUCAUUUUACCUCAAAAUAUAGUUUUAUAAUCUAAGCUGGGUGAAAAUCAAAACUGGUAACUAGUAAGUAUGUACCGUGUGUAUCAAGAAAGAUUGAAAAUUUGUUGGUGUACGCUUAUUAGGGUAAAAUUAUAAUAGUGAAGUCUUCUGUAAUUCACCAUUGUAAUUAGACCUGGAUGGUUUAUGUUCCAAUUUGCGUCCAAGUUAACUACAAAAAUA